AUUUAAACUUCAAUGACGUAGAGUUCCCGCCUUCCCGGCAAAUGUUCACUCUCGGUCUGGACUUUGUAAAGCGGAAGAGGGAAGUUGUGUUCUGUGAAGAGUCGACUACUAUUCACUGGAAGAAGUGAACUCGGAGAUACCAAGUUAGCAACCAUGGAGAAUACGAUUAGGAGUCCAAGCCCUCCCCGGACGUGCAUAACAGUGAGAAGAAACCCUCUGCGCAAAGCGAGGGCGACUCCUUCCACCACCGCCGGUGCCGUCCCACAUUUAUCUUCUUCCGUCCAUAGGAAUCGGAGGGAGAUUGCUCCAUUUCGUCUGCCGGAGAUCCUCGACGACAAUGUCCCUCAAAUCGCUUCCGUGGCAGAAGCAGUGGCACCCCCAAAUCCACUGGAAGAGGAUGACAUCUCCGAGAAUCUUAAAGUCUUUCUGAGGAUUAGGCCUAUCGAAAUCAGCAAGCUGAUCUCGAAGGCUGGCAACAAUGCAAGCAGACACAAGAUCAAAGAAUUAUCGCUAAAAAAGGAAACGGUGGCGAAGAAUGAUAAAUCAAAGACGAAGAAGAAGAAGGAAAUUUGCUUAGUUGUCAAAGAUUCUCGAUCUGUGACGCUUUCACCACCGGCGUCCCUUCAGGAAUCAAAGCGUACCCAGACGGUUGUUUAUGAUGGCUUCAGCUACGUCUUUGCGCCUGGUUCUCUUCAGGAAGAAGUGUAUGGGAAGGUAAUGGAGCCUUUGGUUUCGGAUUUUCUGCGGGGAAAGAGUGGAUUGUUGGCUGCUUUGGGCCCCAGUGGUUCAGGAAAGACGCACACUAUCUUUGGAUGUCCGAGGGAACCUGGCAUCGUGUCUCUUACUCUCAGGAGGCUGUUCGAGAAAAACAGUUCGGAAGAGCUUUCCAGGUCUUACACUAUAUCAGUGUUUGAAAUAUAUUCUGAACGAGGAAAAGGGGAGAAAAUAUUUGAUUUGACUUCCGACAGAGCUGAUUUGUGCUUGCAGCAAUCGGCCAUAAAAGGUCUUCGAGAGAAUAUGGUUUCAGAUGUCAAAGAGGCAGAAUGUCUCAUUGCACGUGCAAUGCUGAAACGUGCUACGGCUAUCACAAAUGCGAAUACCCACUCAAGUCGAUCACAGUGCAUUAUUAAUAUUUAUACCUUUCUUAAGAAGAUCAAUGAUGGAGAAGCUGAGGUUCAGGAAACUGAGGAAAGUAAUGCUGUUUUAACUAUUGUGGAUCUUGCGGGAGCUGAAAGAGAAAGGAAGACAGGAAAUCAGGGGGCAAGAUUGUUGGAAAGCAAUUUCAUCAAUAACACUUCUAUGGUGUUUGGGCUUUGCCUAAGGUCAUUGCUGGAGCACCAAAAAAACCCAAAGAAGCCAUUACAAAAGCACUUCCAAAACUCUGUGUUGACCAGGUAUUUGAGAGAUUAUUUGGAAGGCAAGAGAAGAAUGACUCUGAUUUUGACAGCAAAGCCAGGAGAAGAUGAUUACCUGGAUACAGCCAAUUUGCUCAGACAGGCCUCUCCUUAUAUGAAAAUCAAGUUUAAUGAUGUCGAAGAACUAUCCCAUUUGCUUGGUCAGAAGAGACAUGUUCAGACAUUAUCUAAGAUAGAGCAGCCUAAAAGAAGGAAGUUUGGUGAUCGGGUUGUUUCUGUGAUUAAUGCAGGAGAGGGCGUUGGAGAUGACCUAUCGAUUCUGAAAAAAGAAAUAAUUUUAGGGCAACUCCAAGAACCUGAAGACCUCAAUGUCUCAGUUUCAUCCACGAGACCUCUGAAGAUGGAGUGCAGCGAGUGUAAUUUGCUAAAGGAAGAGUACCGUAUUGAACUUGCCCACAGAGAGAGAAAUGAUCAGAUCAUGCGGAGUUUCUCUAAGGCCCUAUGGGAUGUCUUAAAACAAUAUAAGAAAAAAUUCGAGGCAUCAGAAACUGAGGUCCAUAGUCUGAAAGAAGGUUUACAGAAAGAAAAGUUUCGAAAUUCAGAACUGGAAAAGGAAUUGAAAGAUAUGAAGCCUUGUCAUUCAUGGUGUAGACAAAAUUCAACAGAGGCAUCCACGCUUAAAUUGUGUAUGGAUACGGGCUUUAAUACCACUGGGUGUUUGCAACUGGAGCAACAUGAAUCGAAUAACAUUCAUGAGGUACAUGCAGAAGUUUGUGCUGCAAAGCCAGAGGUUCUAGAAUGCAGCAACACUUCAAAUUUAUGUGAUGUUGUACCUAAGAGCCUGGAAAUGUCCCUUCAGGUACAUGCAGAAGUUUGUGCUCCCAAGCCAGAGGUUCUAGAAUGCAGCAGCACUUCAAAUUUAUGUGAUGUUGUUGUAUCUAAGAGCCUGAAAAUGUCUCUUCAGUUUUCCUUUGAGUACAAAAGUUCUAAUGUGGCUGUUGUCCGGUGUACAAAUCAGGAAAGCCAUAGCACUCCUAAGAAGGAAAAUAAUGGUGAAUAUUCAGAAGAGCAGGAAAACUUAGAAGUCAAGGACAGUUGUUCUGAUGCAGAUAUAACAGGUUUGAGCGAUUCAGGGUCAAUGGUUGGCACCUCUCAGUCUCAGGCCCUGGUUGGAAAUGAUAACUCUACACCAAUGGAGCAGAAAGAAUUGCUUGGUGAAGGGGAAAAGAUUCCAAAGAGUGAAGUGAAACAUUUUCCUAACAGACCUUUGGAUGGGGAGAAACCACGGAGGAGACUGGGGCCUCCACCUUCCUCGUUAUUGAAGGAUGUCAGUAAUUUCGAUUUGCAAGAUGAUGACAAACGAAAGGGAAGCAGAGGUAGAAGGAAAUCUAUGGCAGGGGAAAGAUCACUGACGCAAGGCAGCAUCUCUCUGUUGAAAUUGCUGGGCAACUAUCGCCAUCUUUAGUAACAACUUUUGAAGUGUACAGAAUGGUUUUUUACUUCACACUGCAAAG